UUUCUCAAUUUCAUAUUAUCCAUUCAAGACACAUGAGCUAAUAGCCUAGCAUGUUAUCCCCCCUUGCAAUCCUCGUGUUUAGACUGUUGGUAACUGCCUGUGACGUUUCUCAGGAGGCGUGAUCUUUGCGGGAUGCAGAUCGUGGUACCCCGGAAGAAUGCGGAGGAUGAGGAAAGGGGAUUAUUUUGGAAUUUCAGACGGGCAGUUUAAUGUGUUGCAAUUUCGGACGGGCAGUUUAAUGUGUUGCUGUGUUUAUGGACGUAAAUAAUACAGUCAGUUCUAGCUGACGAUUUGACGUGUGAUCUCGCCAUGUUUCCUUCGUGCUACUCUAAACCUACGGACAGUGUCUUUCAAAGGACAUCUCUGGCUAAAAUAUUGCUAGGAGUUUUUAUCGUGUACAUGUUACACACCUGCUGGGUGAUAUAUGGCUUUGUCUACACCAAACCUUGCGAUAGCGGGAGUGGGGAACAUUGCAUAUCCUCCUAUUUGGCAACUAGGCCCCGACUUCAGCUCAGCAUAUACUCCUGUUCGAGACCAGACCAUAGUGAGCUUAACCUCAUCACCAUGAUAGAUGAGUUUGACAUACAUUCUAAAUAUGAAAGGACAGUGAAUGUGUCCCAGCCAGAGGAGACGCAUAACAAUGGGACUUUGUAUGUAAUGGUGUUUAUACACCAGGCUGGACGGUCUCCAAUGGAGGAUAGCAGACAGGUCCACCUUGCAACCAAGAUGACCACACAGAUGCUGCCCAGACGUCAAAAGAGCCCAGGCAAACACAAACUCAAAAACCCUAACCCCGUCCCAGGAUCCAGAGCUGAAGGUCCAGUCUCCUACUGGCGCCCCACUCUCAGACUCUCCGUCAUGGCAGAGGAGUUCACCUUCACCAGGGGCAACCUGCCCAGCGACGUAAGACGCUACAUGAGAGUUUUCAAGGACGGGAGGAGGAUGACAUAUCUGCCCCUGCUUCUGAUUGAUGAGCUCAGUUUCCGACUGAAGGAUCUUAUGGAAAUCAACGGCACGUUGACUGAGCUUCCUCUGACUAUCUCCUACGAGGGCAUCUCCUUGAGAACCUUCCGCUUCUGGGUCCACCUACAGGAUGUGGUGUACUCCCUCCGACAGUUUGGCUUCACCGAGGACAGUAUUGAUGAAAUCAAAGACAUCUUAGUGGAUACUAAUCUGUAUCUCCUAGCAUUGACUGCCCUGGUCACAGUCUUCCAUAUUCUGUGUGACUUCCUGGCCUUGAAGAAUAACAUCAGCUUCUGGAGGAGGAAAAAAACCAUGGUGGGAAUGUCUCGCAAGUCAGUGCUGUGGAGGUGUUUCAGCACUGUGGUGAUCUUCCUCCACCUCCUGCAGGAGGGCAGCAGUGUGCUGGUCCUGCUGCCGCUCGCUGUGGGCUCCAUCAUAGAGGUUUGGAAGGUCAAAAAAGUCUUCAAGAUACAGCUCCAGUUGAAAAAGUCUAGGUCCAUAUUUGAAUUAGGUAAGCUGGACGAACCGGAGAAAAGGACCAUGGAACAUGAUUCACAGGCCAUUAGAUACCUGUCUUACCUCGUGUGCCCUCUCUGCAUCAGUGGAGUUAUGUUCUCUCUGGUCUACCUCAAGUAUAAGAGUUAUUAUUUGUGGUUUAUCAACAGUCUUAUAACCGGGGUGUAUGCCUUUGGUUUCCUGUCCAUGACACCUCAGCUCUUCAUCAACUACAAGAUGAGGUCAGUGGCUCACAUGGAGGGGAAUGUGCUGGUGUACAGGGGUCUCAGCACGCUGGUGAAUGACGUGUUCUCCAGUCUGUUCAGCGGCCACUCCUCCCUCCAGCUGUCCUGCUUCAGAGAUGAGCUCCUCCUCUUCAUCUACCUCUACCAGAGGAGGCGUUACGCUGUCAGCAAGACUUCAGGGCAGGAAUACAGAGCUGCACACAGCAAGAAACUCAAAGCCCAGUGAGACAGUGACAAUCACCACGAACAAGACAACAAAUUAAUGAAUGAAACAAUUAAAUAUUUAUGAAUGGAUGAGGCCAUGAGUUUAGAAGGAUGACUGAAUGAAUGCCUGCAUGAAUAAAUUGUACUUCAGUGCAGGUUUCUUUCUCUUUUUUUUAACAGACGCAGAAACACAUAAAUUUCCACCAUGUUAGACAGCAACCAGCGGUUGUUAAUAGCAUGUGAUGCACCCAACCUCUCUGUAUGGCAUCAUAAGACUGUUCCUCAUUGAUCACUAAUAUAAGUAGGUCUGGUCUCAAGCAUGAAGCUGUUUACCUGCCUGCACCACCUAGUCUUUACCACUAAGAGGCGCCUGACUCCACAGUGCUCUACCUGGUUUCUCUAGGGUUAAGUUACUUUAGAUUUUCUGUAGAACUCUUUUAGCUGUUCAGAUAUGCAGUUCUCUCAGUGCGUGACCAUCCUCGUGGUCUUACAGUAUUUAAUACCAAGAUCAAUCAUUUCUGAAACUGUAAAUCCUUCAUUUACAUUAAAUAGAUAAGUUAACUUUCAACACCU